AUGAAUUGUACUCAGUCAAUCGGUGGUAUGCUGGUGAGAUGUUUCUCUGAAUUUUAUCGUUAUCUACCGGUGGCUACGCUAAUUGACGAUAAAAUUUUUGUAUGUCAUGGUGGUAUUUCAGAUCAAACUGAUCUGAAUACACUUGGAGGCUUAAAUCGAUUUUCUGUAAGUUCUGAUGCAUUUUUUACUGUUCUCACAUUGUCCGCUUUCAUCUCAUCAGUUAUCAUUACCGUUUGUUAUGAAAUCAUCAAAUCAAACAUUCAAAAUUUAAAUUUUGAAUUUUUUUUGUAA